CUGAGCAGGGGAGUAGACAGCUCAGUGGUAGAGGUGAGAGUCUACGCGCGCUGGGCAGCAGUGGGAGUAGUGUGAGGCUCGCUCUGGCUGCAGACCCUCCGGCUCAAUCGCCGGGAAGCAAGGACUCGGAGACCCGGCUACCGGGCUACGCGGCCUAGGCUUCAGAGGCGCAAACUAAUGGUUCUGGCUCUCUCGGCAGCGUCUCCUGGCUCUUCUAAGUACACUCAGCGGGGCCCGCGCUGAAGUAGAAGCUGUCGGGGGGCGAGCAGCCCGGAUUCACAGUGUGGCCCGGAGAAACGGAGCCCGUGCUGGGGCAGCCCAGUCGACAGCCCGGAGACUGAGCUUGUGUUGUGGGGAGACUCCCACUUCUUUCCAGAGACACCGAACCCCUGACGGUCUAGGCGUCGGGGCGGCCUCCGAGCCCUCCCGUCGGGGAGAGGGAGCGCGGUCUGGAAGAGUCUCAGAGAGCCCAGCGGAAUCGGGCGGGAUCACCCGGGGGCGUAGAGCCCCCGUCGCACCUACUGCGGCGGCGAAGAGGCCAGGGGAGCGAGCUCUUGGAGGCCGCAGCCCAUGCCCCAGUUGGGGACGGCUGCCCAGUGAAUCCUCCUGGCCGGCUGGGCGGAGAAGAACGACACCAAAGCCGGCGGGAGAGGAGCACUUCAAGGCCGGCGGCUGCAGAGGAUGGGCGCCUGAGAGGUUUGGAACGCAGCGCUGCACGGGAAGGCGAGGCGAGCUUUGCUGAGGAGGCACCAGGAGAUCCCGAAGUGCAGCCUGCCCCUGGGAAGAUGGCCCGGCCUGGGCAGCAUUGGCUCGGCAACUGGCUUGUGGCGAUGGUCGUGCUGGCGUUGUGCCGGCUUGCCACGCCGCUGGCCAAAAACCUGGAGCCAGUAUCCUGGAGCUCCCUCAAUCCCAAGUUCCUGAGUGGGAAGGGCUUGGUGAUCUACCCAAAGAUUGGAGACAAGCUGGACAUCAUCUGCCCCCGAGCAGAAGCAGGGCGGCCCUAUGAGUACUACAAGCUGUACCUAGUACGGCCUGAGCAGGCAGCUGCCUGCAGCACCGUGCUCGACCCCAAUGUGCUGGUCACCUGCAACAGGCCAGAACAAGAAAUCCGCUUUACAAUCAAGUUCCAGGAGUUCAGCCCCAAUUACAUGGGCCUGGAGUUCAAGAAGUACCAUGAUUACUACAUCACCUCGACAUCGAACGGGAGCCUGGAGGGGCUGGAGAACAGGGAGGGAGGUGUGUGCCGUACACGUACCAUGAAGAUCAUCAUGAAGGUUGGGCAAGAUCCCAAUGCUGUGACACAUGAGCAGCUGACUACUAGCCGGCCUAGCAAGGAGGCAGAAAACACUGUCAAAACAGCCACUCAGGCCCCGAGUGGUCGAGGCCCCCUUGGUGACUCUGAUGGCAAGCAUGAGACUGUGAAUCAGGAAGAGAAGAGUGGCCCAGGUGCAAGUGGAGGUGGCAGCGGGGAACCUGAUGACUUCUUCAACUCUAAGGUGGCAUUGUUUGCAGCCGUCGGUGCUGGUUGUGUCAUCUUCCUGCUCAUCAUCAUCUUCCUGACAGUUCUACUACUAAAGCUGCGCAAGCGACACCGCAAGCACACACAGCAGCGGGCAGCUGCCCUCUCGCUCAGUACCCUGGCCAGUCCCAAGGGGGGCAGUGGCACGGCAGGCACUGAGCCCAGCGACAUCAUCAUCCCCUUACGGACUACAGAGAACAACUAUUGCCCCCACUAUGAGAAGGUGAGUGGGGACUACGGGCACCCUGUCUACAUCGUCCAGGAGAUGCCACCCCAAAGCCCGGCGAACAUCUACUACAAGGUCUGAGUGCCCAGCGCGGCGUUGGGCCCCUGAGGGACAGUCGGCCUGGAUACGACCUCUCCUUUCACCGCUAAGCCCCUUCCCCUUGCCAGCUGUGCCCACGUUUGUAUUUAGUUUUGUAGUUUCUUGGCUUUUAUAAUCCCCCUUUUUCCCUGCCCCCUGGGCUUCAGAGGGGGGUACUUGUGCCCCCUUCCUCCAUGCUCUUGUGCCUUCCCCCUCUUUCAGGCCUCUGGGCUUUGUGGGGGUACCCCUUCUUAGAGGGCAGGGUUGGAUGCUGAUGGACAACAGGCAGGGAGGUAGCCCCUUGGCCCUGCCCUUCUUUUCCCCUGUUCCCCCUUCCUAGGACUGCUUGUCCACUAUCAUCACUGUUUUUAAUGCUUUUGUGUUCAUUUUUUAGCUGUCAACUCAUUUGCAUCUGUUUUUUGAAGAAAAAUGGAAAAAUGUAAAAGGCAGCUACUCCCCAGGCUGUCUGAGCCUGGCCCUACCCCAGUAUAAGAGGGCCUGGGGCAGGAUGUGGCCAGCCAGGAAGUAUAGGAUGCCAUUUCUUUUAUAGACUCCUUGGUAUUUGGGGGUAGGGGGGCAGGCUUGGGCUAUUUCUGCCCAUGAGGGAACAGAGCAAGUGCCACUGAGCAAGAUGUCCCACCCCCCUCCUGACUCUCCUUCUGCAGAGCUGAUCCUGGCAAUGGGGUAGUGGCUGCCACCCUACCACCAAAAAAAGAAUCCCUUCCUUGUGAGAUUCUUGGGCAUCUCUUGCCUCCUUCACUCUCACGAUAAUUAAUGUCUUAAUUGGCUGUUGCCUGGGGAACAGGAGAGCUACUGCAGGCAGAUGACCUCAUGGGGGUGGAGGGAGGUGAGGUGCCCAGGUGGCUAUUUGCCCUGCAGAGCUGGGAGUUCCCUCCAUCCCCCCUCAUGUUCUCUCCCUACCUGUGGCAUCCUUUGGCCUGGUGGGGAAAUAGAGGACCAAGAAGGAGACCUAAGUGGGUAUAAGGCCAGGUGGCCUGCUCCUUUUCUGGGCUCUAGCACAGGUGGGUACCUCUCACCCAACCCAGCUCCUGCUAGCCCCCCAGUCUUGGGCUGGGGCCUGGAAAAAGGAAGAGGCUUCUUGGGGCUGGGCCAGCCCAUCGUGCACUUUGACCCUAGCUCCUUGCCAGCAUGGCUGCUAACAGACUGCCUCUUGAGUAUGCCUUGCAGGCACCCAGAGUGCUCAUGGAAGGAGCUGGGCCUUACACCAUCCACCUCCACACUGCCUCCUGGCCAGCUGCCCACCCCAGUGCCAGGUGGGAGAGGGAGCAAAACAGCCAGCCCCUUCCAGGUGGCAGUCGGAAGGGUUUUUUUGCUUUUGUUUCAGUUGCCAUUUGUGUAAAUACUAGUCUUUUUGGAAAAAAUAAUGUAAAGAUGUUUUGUAUAAACUCUGAAUUAUUUUCUUGUUGCUUUUUUUCUUAGAAAAAAAAGAGAACUAAAAAAAAAAAAAAUUAACCACAUGGA